GGUUAAUUGCCCACCACCCACGAAAUCGCUGGCCCUAAUUUCUUAUUUCCAAUUCUCUCCCUCUCUCUCUUAAAAACUAGCUUAACGAAACCUUACCAAGGCAACCCACCAAAGAAGAAGAAGAAGAAGACGAAGAAGGAGAUAGAAGAAAAGAAGAAGAAGAAGAAGAUCGAAAACUAUUACUAGAAACCACAAGCUUCUAGAUCCCAAAUGACGCAUUAGCCCCUUUCUUCUUCGUCUUCCUGCAUUUCCUUAUAUAUAUCCCUCCUCUCCUGCUGUUUUGGGUUUUCUCUCUGCUCACUUAUUGAGCUCAUCAUGGUUGCCACUGCUGCUACUUCGGCGUUCUUUCCUGCUGCUUCCCCUUCCCCGUCUCCGAACACUGGCUCGAAGAGUUCCAAGACCGGAGCUACGAAUUUAAGAGUACCCAAGUCAAAAUCUGGUUCUGGCUCUUUGCAAGUCAAGGCAAAUGCCCAAGCCCCACCAAAAGUCAAUGGCACUUCUGUUGGUUUGGCUAGUUCUGUGGAAGGAAUGAAGGGUGGGGACGACAUGCCAUCCUCUCAUUCUCAUCCACGGACUUUUAUUAACCAAUUGCCUGAUUGGAGUAUGCUUCUUGCUGCUAUUACGACAAUCUUUUUAGCAGCAGAGAAGCAGUGGAUGAUGCUUGAUUGGAAACCCAAACGUCCGGACAUGCUCAUGGACCCAUUUGGUUUAGGAAGAAUUGUUCAGGACGGUCUUGUUUUCCGACAGAACUUUUCAAUUAGAUCAUAUGAAAUAGGUGCUGAUCGAACAGCUUCUAUAGAGACAUUAAUGAAUCAUUUACAGGAAACAGCACUUAAUCAUGUAAAGUCUGCUGGGCUUCUUGGUGAUGGCUUUGGUUCAACACCAGAGAUGACAAAGAAGAACUUGAUAUGGGUAGUCACUAAAAUGCAAGUUGUGAUAGAUCGCUAUCCGACUUGGGGUGAUGUUGUUCAAGUGGAUACUUGGGUGAGUGCAUCUGGAAAAAAUGGCAUGCGUCGGGAUUGGGUUAUUCGGGAUUCUGGAACUGGUGCAAUCCUAACAAGAGCAUCCAGUGUUUGGGUGAUGAUGAAUAAAUUGACGAGGAGGUUAUCAAAGAUUCCUGAAGAAGUUAGAGGGGAAAUAGAACCUUAUUUUAUGAAUUUUGAUCCUGUCGUUGAAGAAGAUGGUAGAAAGCUGACAAAGCUUGAUGACAAGACAGCGGACUUUGUUCGUUCUGGUUUAACUCCUAGAUGGAGUGAUUUGGAUAUCAACCAGCAUGUUAACAAUGUCAAAUACAUUGGCUGGAUCCUUGAGAGUGCUCCGCUGCCAAUCUUGGAGAGUCACGAGCUCUCCUCUCUGACCCUCGAGUACAGGAGGGAGUGCGGGAGGGACAGCGUGCUGCGGUCGCUGACCACCGUCUCUGAUGCCGGUGUAGGGGAUUUGGGAACUCCUCGCGGUGUUGAGUGCCAGCACUUGCUUCAACUGGAGAAUGGAGGUGAGAUUGUGAGGGGAAGGACUGAGUGGAGGCCCAAGUAUGCCAACAAUCUGGGAUCCGCAGGUGAGCUUCCAGCAGAAAGCACUUAGUCUCAGAGUAGCUGGAGCAACAUUAGUUCCUCUGAUGUGUGUUCGCUUGUGUAGAAUCCUGCUUUUGUUCUUUAAUGCAUAUAUAUAUUAUAAUUAUAUAUUCUCCCUCUAAUAUGUUGUCCUCAGAAAAAGAAAAGAAAAGAAAGAGAGAAAGAAAGAAAAGAAGUCUCAUUGUAAUUAGCUUUGCUCUUACCUUCUCAUCAUGUCUCCAAUCCCUCUCUCAAUAUAUUCAUGCUUGGCUGGCCUGGUCGGUUGGUGGUAUUGUGGAGAGUAUUCAACUCUCGUUCUGUCGUUUGGCCUAAUAUAUAGCUGUCUGGAUAGUACAGGUUUAUUGCCAUAGGCCCCUAUAGUUAACUGGGCAAGACAUGUAUUUAUUUAUUUAUUUAUUUUUCCUUUUGCAAUUUUUUGCUCUGUUUAGAAAUAGAAAGAAAUUUUUUA